UGAUUGAUCAUACAAAAGACUGCAAGGGGAGGUUGUACCUUUGGAGUACAUCCUUAUAUGGCCCAAAAUAAUCAACAGCCUGACACAAACAAACUAGACGUGUUACACGGUUGAGAGCAGUGUAGCGCAAGCUUAAAAAUGCUGCAUGAAAUUAAUUAAGAAAUAUCAAACUACAACACAUUCAUUUAUAGAGAGGGUAAAGCAUUCUUAAUUAGAUGUAGAGAAACAAUUUCUUUUUUGAAAGCACAACAGGUUUGAGAGGCACCUCUGUGUGGUUUCUUUUCAGUUAUAUUCACAUUGAUUUGAAAAUCGAAAAAAAUUAUUAGGUUUUUAACAGUUGGUUUUUUUUAAGGUUUGUACAUUUCUGUCUCAAUAUCAGAAUAUGGUGUAAAAAAAAUGGGCAGAAAAAUAUUUGACACUCAUCAGGUACAUAAUUAUUAGUUAUCUAUAUGUGGAUACACUGUACAGACAUAAACUUGCUUUUAUCCAUUCCCCUGUCAUAACUCUGUUUUGAUUGCAUCGGUCCAAACAGGUGUCUAAAAUGUACUGCACACCUGGAACUUCAAACAGGUGGCAGAGGGAGAAUGAGAAGAAGAGGUCAAGGUCAAUGAAAGUCAAAGUAAAUCCCUACUACCCUCAACCCCUCCCUUUAAUACUAUCUGUAAUGUAGAGAGUAAGACCAUUUCUCAACCAUACAUCCUUCUGCGAUUCGCCCUCCUUCUUGAGCCCUCUGUGUUCUCUUUACUCCACUCUUGCCCACCUGCUACCGAUGUUCAAAGCCCUGGCGGACAGACGAUCAGAUCUCCAGUUCUGGCAUGAGCAUACGGAGCGGCCCAGCUUGCAGGUGAGAGCAGGCUGAACUAUGAUGUCAUGCUUUCAGUCCUCCCACUCAUUACGCCAAUUUUCACCUACUGCCUUAAUUUUCAUGCAACUUUACAACCGAGAUCAAAUCGCAGCCACUUCAGCUACUCAGAUUAUCAGAAACAAUGCUGAGAGAAACAGGAAAUGCACCCUUUGCUAAACAGACCAGCUGCCAGAACUCUUCUCCGCUGCCUGAAUCCUGAAGGUUAGGGACAGUAUUUGAAGUUUCCAGUGGAAGCCUAAAGUACGAUCUAGAGUGUGGCACAAUGAACUCCCAUCACCUAUCAUUCCUGCCGAAUUACAGGUUCUAGUUACAUUUUGCAGAGUAAGAACGAUUUAAAGAUUUAGCGUGGAAGGAAAAGGCGUAGGGCAAGUUAGCUGAAUGUUCAGUGGUUAACCUGCUUACUGGGAGAAAUGAUGAGAGAGAUUUGUUGAUGAAACAGUGACAGUGAAGACACACAUUCUCCAUGGAGGGUAGGAGAGAGGGGGUCUGUAAAUGAAAGGCCAUGGGGAAGGGGGGGGGCGACUGCUGUUUUGAUGUGAGACACUUGUCACCACAGACAGAGAUGUAGAUUCUGCACAUACCUGUGAGCCCUGCCAAGGUACAAAAGCCGAUCCCUUGACCGGGAGACACAGAUGCUCAGGGGGGCUAGAGGUCUCGCACUAGCGUCGACGUGCGAGCACCGCGGAACUCCCCUCCUGACACACAGGCAGAUAUUCUCACCGAUGCAAAGCGACAGACAUACUGUUAAAGGCAAACACAUAGCUAUAUAUGUAUAGAAAACACACUCGCACACAGACAUACAUUUCACUCAUUAUUAAGGGAUCCCACCAUACGGCAUAAAUCGCACUAAAACACAGCUUUACAGUCAUUCUGGUAUGAAAAAAUCUUUUGCUUCUGGAUUGCAAAAUUCUCAGUUAAUUUUCUUGAGAGACGAAGAAGCUGGCAGAAAGAGACUCAGUAUGGUAAGACUCAGUAUCUUAUUAGUCCAACCUCUUUAAUAGAUUGGGACCAAAAAGGUUAACUAAAUGCUUUGGAUUAAUAAUUAACCAAAUUGUCAAACACGGCGAUGUUUUGAACUAACGGUUAAUGAGCAAAUGCUAUGAACUAAUAACUGUCAUUUGUGCUACUGACAGCACUGCAUUAAGUCACUGGAUUUAUUAAAUUAUCUGUAAAUUAAAUAUUGCAUUGCUUAGCUUCAGUCGCAGGUCUUUUGGCAGCAUGUCUCUUUACUGAUGUAUUUUCAGCCUGAUGAUGUAUUUGUGGUAUAGCAUGUCAGUCCUUUUUUUCAGCUACCUUCUUCCUUAUUUGCUCUGGCUUUCUCAUUGGUCAUCCCCCAACUACCUGCCGCUAUACGCCAUUCCAAAUCCCAGAAUGCCUCAGGUAUUCUCUGUUUUUCUUAAAAAGGAUUAAUCUUUAUAAAAGUUAGAUGUAGUAAUAACAGCAUCAUCGUGAUAGUGUGUUUGGCUAAAUGGUAUAUAGCUGACAAAGUUUAGAAGAAAUUUAAGUGCACAAUUUGCCAUAUGUAUAAAGUGAUAGUGCUCCAUGGUGUUCUGUGUACAAGCGUUGUGCAUUGUGUGCCCAGCAGGGGGCGUUUAUCCUGGCUCAAAGUUCUUACAGGAAGCUCUUAGGAAAGCCACUGAGCUAACCAAUGCCGCAUACGCCCGUACUAGGGAGAGGUGAGUGUUAGGGCUGUAAUCCCUGCCUCGAGCACAGAUUACUUAAUUGGCAAAAAAUAAAUCAGCCCAUACAUAAAACUGUGCUAUGUUCUACUGUAAAAAAAGACAUACCUUGUGUACAGAAUCUGAAUAAAAAAUGUGGAUCAAUUAAAUAAAUAGAAUAUUGUCUUUUUGUCGUACAACUAUUCUUUUAGUAGGACCAGGAAUUUUUAUAGGACCUAUAAAAUGCAAAGGAGAUGAAGUUUAUAAUUGCCAUGGCAAUACUGUGAGCUGGGGAAGCAUGAGAAUGAGACACGGGUAACUGUGGUUAUUUGUAUUGAUCACUUUCACCUGUCUCCUCUUUUCUGUAAUAUCUAUUUUCUUUUGCCCCAAGUUACCAUAUCACCACAGCAUCUGCACUCUUCCCACUUCAGUCGUUUCUAUAUUCCGCUGUGACACAGGAGCUCCGUGCUUCUUUGUUUUCUCCGCUGCCUUAUUCCUGUACCCUGGCUCAUGUUUCCACUUUCAGCAUCAGCAUAACCCUACCUAGUCCCUGUCCAACCCCAAAGACGGAAAGCAGUCUAAAUCAACAUGCUUCUCGCUGCCAAGUCUGCAUGACAAAUGGUUCUGUUUGCUUAUCCCAACUUUCUCACACAAACAUUCUUAUCUGAACUAGCUUGUCUAACGUUGAACAAUAAAGGGCGCUGAAGAAAUUCUGGAUAUUCUGUUAUGUGUCACUUGUGUCAUGUGAUCUGUUAUUUGCUUGUUAUUGGUGUUGUUCUCUGUGUGGCCCAGGGUGAAGAUUCUCCUGUCAGAGGGCUCCGUCAGCCCCAGUGACCUGUUGUCCCAGUUCAAACACGCGGGGCCACGGACCAGAACCCACGUGCGGGCAGCAGAGCUGCUGGACACCACGGUGGAAUUAAUCAGAGAGAUGGUCUACACCCACAGCAUGACCCAGCACAACUUCACUGAGCUGCUGAGCGGGGAGGACAUGGAUGAGCUGCUGCACGCCACAGGCUGCUCCGCCGAGCUGCGCCCCCCCCUCUGCCAGACGGACUGCUUGUCAAACCGCUAUCGCACCAUCGGCGGGGAAUGUAACAACAGACAGCACCCCCUGUGGGGGGCAGCCAACACCGCUUACACCCGCUGGCUGUCGCCACAGUACCAGGAUGGGAGGGCGGUUCCUCGAGGCUGGGAUCUCCAGUAUGGUUACCAUAAUUUCACCCUCCCCCCGGUCCGUGCCGUGUCACAGCAGAUCCUGUACACCCAAAAUGAAGACAUAUCAUUAGACUCCUCGCUGUCCCACCUGCUGGUGGAAUGGGGCCAGUGGAUUGAUCAUGACCUGGUCCUGACCCCUCAGACGCCAAGCAAAGCAGCCUUCCACACGGGAGUCGACUGCACCCACACCUGCAGCCGCGACACCCCAUGCUUCCCCAUACAGAUCCCAUCCUCAGACCCCCGUGCUUCUGCCCAAAGCUGCAUGCCCUUUUUCCGCUCAGCCCCCAGCUGCCAGGUGCUGCCGCUGUGCCACCGCGAGCAGCUCAAUGCCAUCACCUCCUUCGUGGAUGCCAGCAUGGUGUACGGUAGCACGGGCCCCCUGGCCUCUGCACUCCGUAACCACUCCAGCCCCUUCGGCCUGCUGGCCCACAACCUCCUGCACUCUGACCAGGGACUUGCCUACAUGCCAUACCUGCCACGCCAGCCUUCCCGCCCAGACCCAUGCGGCCCACGCCAAGGGCUCCACUCCACUGAUCUGGAACCUUCUGCAGACCUGAGCAACUUUACGUCUUGCUUCCAGGCAGGAGACUCACGGGCCAAUGAGCACUUAGGAAUGAUUGCACUCCACACCCUGUUCCUGAGGGAGCACAACCGACUGGCCCAGGAGCUGCACCUCCUCAACCCCCAUUGGAGUCCUGAGACACUGUACCAGGAGGCACGCAAGAUCCUGGGUGCAGUCCAUCAGGUGUUGACAUGGGACCACUACCUGCCCCGUGUGCUUGGGCAGAAGGCCCAUCUGGAGCUUCUCCCACCCUACCAGAGUUACCAGCCUGACACGGACCCCAGCGUCGCCAACGCCUUCGCCACAGCAGCCUUCCGCUUCGCCCAUGUGACUGUGCACCCCGUGGUGAAUAGGCUAGACCCCGGCUACCGCCCCAGCUCCCACCACCCCGAUCUGCCCCUGCACCUCUCACUUUUUGCCUCCUGGAGGGUCGUGCAAGAAGGAGGUAUAGACCCUGUGCUCAGAGGCUUGCUGCUCUACCCAGCCAAGCUGCAGACGCCGGGUCAGAUGAUGGUGGAGGAGCUGACAGAGCGGCUGUUCCAGGCCCAGGGGGGGCUACCACUGGACCUGGGGGCGCUCAACCUGCAGCGGGGGCGGGACCACGGCCUGCCCGGUUACAGCGCAUGGAGGCGUCUGUGUGACCUGUCUGUCCCGGCUACCGUCACUGAGCUGGCGGGCAUGCUGGGCAGUGCCAAGCUGGCACAGAAGCUCCUGCACCUGUACGGGACCCCACACAACAUUGACCUGUGGGUGGGAGCCAUCUCGGAGCCCCCCCUCCCUGGGGGCCGUGUGGGACCCCUCCUCAGCUGCCUUCUGGGAAAGCAGUUUCGCGCCCUUAGAGACGGAGACCGGUUCUGGUGGGAGAGAGAGGAGGUUUUCACUGGUGCCCAGAGAGCAGAGCUCCAAAGGGUGUCACUGUCCCGUAUCAUCUGUGACAACACUGGGCUCGGCCAUGUGCCCCUCGAUCCCUUUGCCCACACUGCCCAUGCUGGAGACAUGGUGCCCUGCUCGCACCCCCGCAUCCCCUCCCUGAAUCUCUCAGCCUGGAGGGAGCCUGACACAGACCCCAGGUGUGGUUCCAUUCCCAGACUGCAGUUUGGCUUCUCUCUGCUCUGUGGCUCCGUCCAGAUGUACCAGUGUCAGCCAGGCUAUGCCCUUAUUGGGCCAUCCUCCAUCACAUGUGACCCCAGCGUGAACCAAUGGAGUCAGCUUCCUCCUACUUGUCAAGAUGUAGAUGAAUGUGCCCAGGAAGCGCCACCCUGCCCAGUCAAAGCGCAGUGUGUCAACACACCAGGCUCUUACACUUGCACAGAGAUAGCGAGCCCUGAGGCGCCAUCUGUCCAGACCCUAGUGGUUGCCCUGGUAACUGUGGUUGUGGCCAUUUUGGUGACACUGUUGAUGGUCACAUGCUACAGAAGGUCUUUCAUGAAGAACUUUGAGCCUGUUUUCGGUGGAUGUUGUCAGAGCAGCAGCCUGUGGCCCACGGGGAACAAGGGAGAUCACACCCCCACGGAGGGCAUGUGACACCAGCGGCUAUCACUGACCAAGCGUUAGUGUUUCACCAGAGCUCUACAAUCAGUCAACAGGCUGUAACGUGUGAUUGUGCUUAACCUUAAACCUCAAAUCAAUCAUGAGAUUUUACCUGUAAGCCUUUAUUAACCAACUCUUCCAUGUAAAAGACUAUCAUCCAGAACAGUGGAUUUCAAAUUGUAGCCCAGGAGCCCCCACGGGAUCUGUAGAGCAACUGCUGGAUAUCCAGAGAUGUUUUAAAUUGACAAAAUUCCAGUAAUAUCAUCCCCCCCAAAAAAACACUAAAAUAUUUGAUGCCGCAGUCUGUUCAGAGCAAUCCUUGUUUCUGAGUGACUUAUGUGAGCAUACGUUAGUUGUAGGUGAAUCCUUAGUUUAAGAUACUUUGAACAUCCCUAACCUAGCACCAGUCAAAAGUAUGAGCACACCUAGAUGAUCGUAUUUCAACAAGAUAAUGACCUUAAGCGCACCUCAAGGUUAACAAGGAAAGAGAUGGAGUGCUGUGACAGAUGACCUGGACAUAUCCCAAGAGUCAGAAAAGGUAUCAUCAAAGCAAAGGGGCUACUUUGAAGAAUCUAACAUGAGAUUCUGUUCUGUUGAUUAUUGCAAUAUUUCAUAUGUAUUACUUCAUUGCCUAUAGACCUUUUACUAUGAAGUGAAUAACAGCUAAAACGUACGUCCAAACGUAACUGGUUCUUUAUAUGAAUGUGUAUUUAUUUAUCCAUUUGAGUAAUGCUACACUUGAUUAGAAAGUUAACAUUGUAUAGCUUUUAUUUUUUGUUGUCAUAUUUUAUACUUUGGUUGCAUUUAUCAUACAUUAAGUCAUUUUUCCCCAUUGUCGUCAUUUUGACUUUUCCAUUGUCAAAUGAAGGACAUUUUAAUGGGUAUAUAUUAAGCAAGACUUUAAACAUUGCAGCACUGUAGUGACAUUUCCGACAGUAAUUAUUAA